UACCUAAAUACACCGAGCGCGCGCUCGCCUCUUAUACAGUUCUUAAUCCAAGAUAAAUAUUACAUCAAUCGGAGGUGUCGUAGAACGCAGGCGCGGGCGGCUCGUCGGCCCAGUCCCGCACCGGCCGCGCCGCUGGCCGCACGUCGCGCGACACGGCCGCGACACGCGCCUCACCUACACAGACACAGCCACGUGUGUUCAACACAUUGCGAUCAAAGGUCUUCCGAGUUUUUAUAACAGUGAUUGUAUUAGUGCGGUGAACUAACCUUUAUAAAAAUGGCGUGGGGAUAUUGGUCGGCGUCGUCGGUGAUGCCCGAUCGCGGGCGCAGCCCACGCCGCGCUGGGACUUCGGCUUCACACGCUCAUCCUAAUCCACCGACUGCGCGGGAAGUGCUAGAGACGCACGAUGAAAGCAUCAUCCACACGGCAUCUACGUCAAGGGAUAGUCGCGAGCACUCCGCUUCGCCGCAUUCUUCAUCGAACGGCGGACACUCGCACCACCAACAUGAGGUGCGACACGCGGUGCCGGCGAGCGCGCUGUUCGGAGAGAGCUACGAGAUGUCACGGCGGCCAUCUUUGGAUCUCGGAUCGGUGCGGAGCGCGUUAGGUUCCUGUGGAGGUGGAGGCACGUUAAGCGCAGGAUCCACAUUAACGCGCGGUGGCACGCUCGCCGAUUAUCUACCGCCCGCGCCAUGCCCGCACCACCACCGCGUCUACGUCGACCACCACAAACACUACGAGCAACCCAUUCAGCCCGUGCACGUGGGAGUGGCGCACCAUUCCCACUCGCACGCCUCUAGCCGCCACCACACCGACGACGAGGACGACCUCGAGCCGGCCUAUGCUACAGUGUUCCCGAAUGUGCCGCCGGCGCCGGGCAUGUCAUGCGCGGGAGAAGACCGCAGCAUAUACAGGCGCGGCGCCCGGCGGUGGCGGAAGCUCUACCGCGUCAACGGGCACAUCUUCCAGGCCAAGAGAUUUAAUAGACGCGCCUUCUGUGCCUUCUGCCAGGACCGCAUCUGGGGCCUCGGCCGCCAGGGCUUCAAGUGCAUCCAGUGCAAGCUGCUGGUGCACAAGAAGUGCCACAAGCUCGUGCAGAAGCCGUGCUCCAGCGAACAUGUGGAUCCUGUGGAAAUCAAGGAUGAUGCCAAUGGAGAGAGCACGCUGGGCCGCGCUUCGUCCGUCAGGUCUAGAGCAGACCCCGAGCCACCGCUGCCGGACACGCCCCCCGCGCCAGCGCCGGCGGUGCGCGAAGACCUGGAGCCGGGCUCGCAGCGGCAGUACUCGCUCGACGACUUCGAACUAAUCCGAGUCAUCGGACGCGGCUCUUACGCUAAGGUGCUGAUGGUAGAACUGAAGCGGACGAAACGCGUGUACGCGAUGAAGGUGAUCAAGAAAGCUCUCGUCACGGACGACGAGGACAUCGACUGGGUGCAAACCGAGAAGCACGUGUUCGAAACGGCUUCCAACCACCCGUUCCUCGUGGGGCUGCACUCCUGCUUCCAGACUCCUAGUAGACUGUUCUUCGUCAUUGAGUUUGUGCGCGGAGGUGAUCUAAUGUUCCACAUGCAGCGGCAGCGGCGGCUGCCCGAGGAGCACGCGCGGUUCUACGCCGCGGAGAUCUCCCUCGCCCUUCACUUCUUACACGAGCGCGGCGUCAUCUACCGUGACCUGAAGCUGGACAACGUCCUGCUGGAUCAUGAGGGCCACAUCAAGCUCACCGACUACGGCAUGUGCAAGGAGGGCGUCCGGCCCGGCGACACGACGUCGACGUUCUGCGGGACGCCCAACUACAUCGCGCCGGAGAUCCUGCGCGGCGAGGAGUACGGCUUCAGCGUGGACUGGUGGGCGCUCGGCGUGCUCACCUACGAGAUGCUGGCCGGCCGGAGCCCCUUCGACAUCGCGCAGGCCGCCGACAACCCCGACCAGAACACCGAGGACUACCUCUUCCAGGUGAUCCUAGAGAAGACGAUCCGUAUUCCCCGCUCGCUGUCAGUAAAGGCCGCGUCCGUCCUGAAGGGCUUCCUCAACAAGAGCCCCUCGGAGCGGCUCGGCUGCGGCGAGAGCGGCUUCAUGGACAUCGUGCAGCAUCCCUUCUUCAAGAGCAUCGAGUGGGAAAUGCUGGAGCAGAAGCAGGUGGUGCCGCCCUUCAAGCCGCGGCUGGAGGGCGAGCGCGACCUGGCCAACUUCCCGCCCGAGUUCACCGACGAGCCCGUGCACCUCACGCCCGACAACGACAACGUGAUCGCGGACAUCGACCAGUCGGAGUUCGAAGGCUUCGAGUACGUGAACCCGCUCCUCAUGUCGCUGGAGGACUGCGUGUGACACCACGCUUGCCUGCUGCACCCCUACCACGACCCCGCCAUGGCGUUCGGUUACGGCGAGUCGUCGUCGUCGGACUACGACUCGGUGUGCUCGUCGCUGCCGCCGCGCAAGCCCACGCUGCUGCAGCACAUGUUCUGUCUGCCGCUCAACUGACCCCGCCACGAUUAACCGGUCACAACUCUAACCGGUUACACAUACCAAUUAACCGGUUUCGAGUUUCCGUUGUAGUUUUCAAUGCUGCAGCACAUGUUAUGUCUGCCGCUCAACUGACCACGCCACGACUAAUGCUAACCGGUUACAACUUAAUCGGUUACACAUACCAAUUAACCGGUUUGGAGUUUUCGUUGUAGUUUUCCAUGCAAUUUAACUUUGUAAAUUGUAUUAGAGUCCGUCUAAGAUAACUUUGUAUAUAAUUGCACAGAAAUGACUGAUGACAUUACUAUUAUUGCAGAUGCCAUGCAGGGUUAGCUUGGUCCGACUCUAGAAUCUGCCGUUUCAAUGUUGUAAAUUGCUUUACAAAUCAAGAUUCUGAACAGUACCAGCAAAGAGUUGAUAGUAGAAGAGGAAUAGUCUCAUAAAAAUGCGUGCCUUGAAUUCGACAGCUGAAUGGGACCGUACAUUAUGCAGUUAUUGUUGGCAAAAAUUACCACAAAACAUAUGGCGCCGUACAACGUCGUCUUCAGCUGUCAAACUUGGAGACACAAUGUUAUGUUAGACUUUACACGUCCUAUCCUAUGAAUGCAUUAGUGCUUCCGUUUACAAUCAAUGAAAAAUCGUGGCGCAUUGCAUUUGCAAAAAAUGCUUGUUUUGUACUUAAAACUAUUUAGACUGGUUGCAAGCCUCAAUGGAAAGUGGAUGGAUGGAGUUUUGAAAUAAAUCAUUGUUGAAUAAGUAAAAAUGAAAGUUUGUGAAUAUUUAAGACAAGCUAAAGUGACAAUUGUUAUACCAAACAAAAAUGAUACAAAAGUCACCAAAGUCUUGCUUAUUGCCACUUAAGGCCAAGCUGGUCAAUAUAAAAAAUUGAAACAACUUUAUAUGUAUUUUGAAGUAUUGGGGAACGUGUAGCGGACAAAGGCUUGCCUUGUCAUAUGAUACGAUUCGAAUGUAAAGUCAAUUGUAAAACAUGAUAAGCGACGUUUCUUCAAGUCUAAUGUUUGAUUUACUUACUGGCUGUUACAGACUGAAGUGAAAAAUAUAUACCUUAAACGAUUUGUGAAUUUAUCUAAAAUUAUAUAAAAAUGUAAAGCUUUAGAUUAGAUUACUUGUGUUCACUAUUAUUUGUUUACCUCAGAAUAUUUGUAAUGUUUUGCGGUACCAAAGUAUAUAAAUAGAAAGUGUUUACAUAGGCACUUAGCUCCAAAAACAAUAAUAAGUAUAAAUCUGUCUAAAUAAUCUAAAAUGUGUCUAAUUUUUGGAGCUAACUGUAUAUAUGUAAAUAUUAAACGUAGUAAACAGAUCUGAAUAUAUUCUACUUUUCUUCGAAAGGAAUUGACGGGACACAGACAUUAUUCUGGUGGUUGGUGCUCGAAGUCUAAGUAAGUAACCCUUCAGCAUUCAGGUAGCAGCGGCUGGCGUCACACAGUUUUCCUAUUAUAUUAUAAUAAAUCUUAGAUCACUUCGAAUUAAGCCCGAAGCCACUUCGGGCUGAAAAACGCUUCUUAUGUACAUAAAAUUAUCUCUAUGUAUUAUACAAAAACAUAUAAAUAACUAUAAAUAUUUUUGAAACUAUUCUAAUGUCUCUUCGCGUACGCGAACACCGAGCUGCAUCGCGGUGUCUACCAUCUAUAUAUGUUUCUUGAGCAAUAAUAUAUUGUAGUUAUAUAUCUAUAUGGGGACAGGUGAUAAUGCUCAAUGAAUGGCACGUAAGGAAUUAAAAGUAGAUAAAAAUAUCGCCCUUUAAAUGCAGGCGCGUGUUUUAGCCCUUCUCCAAUAUUAGUGUUUCCCUAGAAGCCUAGUUUAAGCUAGAGUCUUGCUACGAUUCUUUGCAAGGAGUCUUGCGUGGCGUGUACUGUGUUAGAAAUGUAUAGAAAUCCUUAUAUCGUUAACACCUCUCAGAGAACAAUCGAAUGUAAACCUUGUCUAUAUGAGUGUAAGGACUGUAAUCGCUACCAGCCGUAGUAAACCGAGUGUACAUAAGUCACGCUUUAUUCCUAUUAUAUUGUAAAUUAAUGUAUCCAAUCCUACCGUAGCUCCCGUUGUCGUUCAUAGCUAACACCACUCGUUUAGGUAGCCAACGAAUUUUAUAAAAUAUUAUAUAUGUAAUUAUAAAUAUUGAGCACUGAUACAAACUCGUGUACAUUGAGAAAAUAAAAAUAUUAAAAAAUACAAUCAGUUAUAAAAAUAUUAUAACAAAUUAUUGUUAAAGUAGAAGGAAAGACUUAUUAUAUAAUGAUAUGGUUACUUAUAUGGUAAUCAUGGGGGCGUAUGCCGGUGUCCACGGACUAUUCUAAAUAACGUAGUAUCUAUUAGACAUUUUGCACCGAUAUUCUAGUGAUCACGCUCUUGGCUCGGCGAUUACCUUAACCGAUUAUAGCCGGUCUCAUAACAUAUUUUAACUACCCCGUAAACUAAAGUGUUACACCAAGAAACAUAUGGCAUAACCGACAACAAUAGAUAUAUCGUGAACAACAAAUUUUCGCAGUAAUAAAUCGCUAUGCAAAAUCCGAGGAAAUAUUAAAUUAUAAAAUGAGCCAAAUAUUUUUCGGUGUAAUGAUAAGGUACCUUUAAAAUGUAGAGUAAAUUAUAUUUUGUCUGCAUUCCAUUUCUUCUAAGUGUUGCCACUGCCGCCCCGAAUGUUAUUCUUUUUGUUUGAUCUUACUUUUCACGAAGAUACAAGUAACAAAGUUAUAAUGAGAACAACUAAGUAGCAAAAAAGGCACCGUUAACAUAUUUGACUAACCUAAGUACAGUCAAUCCUGUAGUACCUUCGAUGUCAAAUGUUGGAUAUUUAUAGUUUCAAUAAGCAUAAAUGAACGAGGUUUGAAGAAGCUAAUGAAAAAUUUAGUGCUCUUUGCCCCCGUCUAACCGUGGCGUCAGGGUUAACUGUGCAUAUUUGUUUAAAGUAAAAUAGUUUAAAGUAAAGUAAAAUAAAAAAAACAAUCACCAUAUUGCAACUAUGACUUUGUGGCUGGUAUUUUUGUGAGUGAGAUCUAAUAAAAAAUAUACUAUGCGAGUUAAAUUUGCAACUAGCUAUACCUGUAUUGUAUUAUAUACGUGGCCAGAGUUUAAGAAAAGACGCUUUUUGAGUGUCACAUGUUAGUUUUCAACACGAAUAUUUCCUUAGUGCCAUCGGGCUACUAUCGUUACCUAUGUUAUCGUUGCUGUAAAUGGAUUUUAUAAUUGAAGUUUCAUUUCUUUGAUUCUUAUAAAAAUAUAUAUAUAUAUAUUAAGCUGCAUGAAUGUGGUACAAUUCCGUUAUUAAAAAUGUAAUUUAAACAGCUGCUAGACUGUCCUGCGCUAAGUCGUUUGAUGUUGGCUGACAAGAACAAGAGUCAGCCAUAUUUUCGCCUUUUCGCUUGUUGGUAGGUAUAUUUAUUCGUUGCUUUUCAUAUUUUACUAGGGUAUUCAAACCAAUGAGUAUUAACCGGUUAAUUUUAAUAACCGGUAAUUUACCGGUUUCGAUUAUUACAAUUUUACCAUGUGUUGCGUGAUGGGCGCUUUGCGUUGUCGAACCCGCGCGGGGUUUUGUAUUAUUUUAAGUAUUUAAUUAUUAUUAAGCUGUAUUUUGGUACUAUUAACUCUAUAUUAAGCGUAAUUAGUUAACAUUCCAAUGUCUGACUUUAUAAUGUUUGUUUGUGCGAUAUGGUGACUCGCAUGGAUCAAGUUCCAAAUUGUCUUUUUAUACGGUUUAAUAAGUUCAAAUAAAAUCUUGAGAUUAUUAUAAACCUUAUUACAACUUUGUUGUACGUUCGUUUAACCAAUUUAGUUUGAAAUGUAUCUAAAUAUUCGUGUAUCAUACUAACCGCAUGACAAAUGACAUUUAAAUCACUGUUAAUUAUAAAAGGAAUUGUUGAACACUUUAUUGAUAUGUUAAAGUCGCCGUUUAGAACAAAUUAUGUAUCUUAGUUUUAAGUUUUAGUUGUAUGUUGAUACAUCCGAUGUAUGGAGCUUUAUGUAGUAUGGUUUACAUAUUGGAUGUGUGUACGAACACCGGGCGAGUGACGAGUCUCUGUCGACUUAGACUGGAUACCUAACUUGGGAUACUGUACUAUUCUGUGCUUAAUUGAAAAUAAAGAAAGAUUAAUCUGA